CGUAGCUCCUAGCCCAGCGGCAGUCAAUCCCAAGGACUGGGUCUCCCCUGCCCUUCCUUUCCUGGCUCAGUGCCCCUCCCUCAGACUGACCUGACCUUCCUCUCCCUGCAGUGGCCCCCAAAGGACCCCAAAUCGUGAUGACACCCAGCAGAGCCCGGGUCGGGGACACCGUGAGGAUUCUGGUCCACGGAUUUCAGAACGAAGUCUUCCCGGAGCCCAUGUUCACGUGGACACGGGUCGGGAGCCGCCUCCUGGAUGGCAGCACCGAGUUCGACGGGAAGGAGCUUGUGUUGGAGCGGGUUCCCGCCGAGCUUAACGGCUCCAUGUACCGCUGCACAGCCCAGAACCCCCUGGGCGCCACUGACACACACACCCGGCUCAUUGUGUUCGGUACGCCCUGCCCUGCUGGGGGUCAGAGGAUAGCCAGGGCGGGCCCUGCCCGGAGCUGUCCCAAGCAGGAGGGAGCAGCAACGGCCUGAGUCCCCUGAAUUUGCCCUGAGAGGGCACCCCACAGGGAGGCCCUGUAGUUCAGAGGUUAAAACCAGAGAGUUCUGGGUUCAAAUCCCAGAUCUACCACUUAGCAGCUAUGCAAUCUUGGACAAACUACUUUACCUCCCUCAGU